AUGACUAAGUUUAGUCCUUUUGCUAAGCUACUUGAUGAUUAUAAACUGACUGACCCGAAUUAUGUGGAUUGGAAAAGAAAUUUGUUUAUUGUCCUUACUACUGAAAAAUUAGCAAAAUUUGUCAAAGAGGAUGAACCUGUUGAACCUGACCAUACUUUACAAAAGCAGCAUGAAGGAAAGAAGACUUGUAAGGAGAUAUUGAAAAGCCUUAAGGCUUUGUACGAAGAACGUAAUCAUACUGUACAUCAAAACACUAUGAACGGUUUGAUGAACACCAAGAUGGCUGAAGGUACACCAGUUCAGGCUCACAUUCAUAAGAUGAUAUGGUAUAUAAAUGAAUUAGAAUCCUUAGGAGUCGAGCUGGAUAAUGAAUCAAAAGUUGAUGCAAUUCUUGUUUCACUUCCUCGAUCCUUUAAUCAGUUCAAAGUGAAUUUUAGUAUUCAAGAACCAAAUUUCACUUUGCCAGAACUGAGCAAUAUGUUGUAG